ACGCGUCACGCACUGCUGCCACCGCUGGCAGUGAUGGGGUGCCAGGCACCCUGCCCGGGCGCGGAGCUGCCCUGACACCCCGCACGGCCCCGCUCCGCUCACCGCCCGGCAUGACCCAGCCGCAUCGGCCGCAAGGAUGAAGCACUGCUGCCUAGGGGUGGCUUGGGUGAUCCUGGCAGCGCUGUGGCUGGCAGUGAGUGAACCGCAGACCCCACUGUGCCAGGACAGGCAUGUUGCCGGACGCCACUGUCCCAAUGGCAUGAAGUGGGUCAAGGAGGCUUGCAGGUGCUGCACCCUGUGUCCUGCAGGUGAGAGCUGCCUGGCUAGUGUGGCAUGGCACAGCCAGUACAGCACAGUACAGCACACCAUGGCACACUGGACCACAGGUGCCCAUGUUCCCUGUCACCCCACUGUGCCUGCAGGGAAGUUCCUGUACAAACCCUGCUCAAGCCUUGGCAACGACAGUGUCUGCAAAACCUGCUCCCCUGGCACCUUCAGUGCCAAGCCCAGCACCUCCACCAAGUGCCAGGCUUGCUACGAGUGUGACCAGCAAGCUUUCCAGAGUGUGCUGAGCAACUGCUCAGCCACCAGCAACGUCGCCUGCGGCUGCAGGCCUGGGCACUUCCGCAGCUGCCUCGACGAGCAGUGCACCGAGUUCUCCUGCCGGCAGUGCGAGACCUGUGCCGGGCGUCUCAUCCAGCGACCCUGCUCGGAGACGCAGGACACGCUCUGCGGCAGCUGCAAGCCUGGCUUCUACACCGAGGGUGGUGAGUGCCGGAAGUGCCACACGACCACCCCAGAUGCAUGCGGGAAGGAGUGCCAGCAGGAGUGCAAUGGCAGUCAAGGCUCGGGGCUGGAGUACCUUCUGCUGGCAUUCACUGGGCCCCUCUUCCUGGGUGCCCUCGCCAUCUACCACAAGAGGAAGCAGCUCUGGCACAAUGCCUCAGCAGGCAGCCCCCUUCCCACAGUGCAGGCAGCCAACCCCCUGGCUGUGCCAUUGUACCAGGGCAGUGCCCAGAUGGCUGACAGCAUUUGCUGUACCCAGUCGUGCUCCUCCCAGGUGACAAAGCUUGCUGCUGGUGUGGGGAGGCAGAGCCCCGAGCACGAGGCCUUGCUGAAGCAGCAGCCUGGUGGCACAGCAUGGCCAGGAGGUGAGGUGGGACCCUCCUCCCCUCUGGAGCCCACCCUGCUGCAGGGCAGCCAGCUCUACAGCAUCAUUGAUGCAGUGCCAGUGAGGCGCUGGAAGGAGUUCAUGCGGGUGCUGGAGCUGCGUGAGGCAGAGAUCGAGCUGGUGGAGCUGGAGGUGGCCCACAUCCGCGACCAGCAGUACGAGAUGCUGAAGCGCUGGUGCCAGCAGACCAGUGCCACCCUCGACCGCGUCUUUGCUGCCCUGGAGCGCAUGGAGCUGUCUGGCUGUGCGGAGGCGCUGCGCCGGAGCCUGCUGGUGGGGCCCUGACCCCUCUGGCGCCGCCGCUCUGGCACGGGGAGGUCUGGGCACCUCUCCGGCUCGCCGCGUGCCUCGGCUCGGCCGUACCCUUAAGUAUUGUUACUUAUGCCGUGUAGACAUUUUAUGUCAGAUUUAUGUCCCCUCCCCAUCCCACCUGCCCCCCUCCCCCUAUUUAUGGGACCCUGCACGCUGGCUGCCAGCCGCUCGCGGGUCGAGCUGGCGCUGAGCCCGCUGUGAACUCAUGGGAUAGUUCUCGAGGCCGCCCGCCGCUGGGUGCGCCUGCCCUGCCCCAAUAAAGUGGCACAGUCAUCAGCCCCUGGCCCUUCUUCCCAGGGGUGCGCCCACCCAGCUGGGCACUGGGGUACCACCGGCCGCAGAGCCACCACCGGUGAUGCGGCCACCACAGGCGAUGGGGUGG